AUGUUACACAGAUGUGAGGAAUGCCCAGGAAAACUGAGUGUCGAAAAUAACUUAAGAGCGAUUUUCGAAGAAGCUGUAAUUUCCCAUGAUGAUAAUCGCAGUUCAUUGAUUUCCGUACAGGAUACAGUUGACAGUUUCAUUGAAAGAUUUUCGCAAAAACUUGACGAGCUGUCAUCGCAUCAUUACAUAAGCAAAGAACAAUUGAAAUAUCUUAGCGAUUCUAAAAAAAAUUUAAAAAGUUCAGAGUGUAUUGCUUUAAUGGAUUUUGCUGAAAAUUAUUUGGUGAUAAUACAGGAUGCAAUCCAGAGUCAACAUUGGAGCAACACGCAAGAUUUUGGAUUAAAAGCAGAAUGGCACUUUUUUGCAACUUUUCAUGGUAAAAGUCCUUGCGAUGGAAUUGGAGGGACAACAAAAAGAUUGGUUGCAAGAGCAAGUUUGCAGGCAUUAACAAAAGAUCAGAUAUUGAACGCCAGAGAUUUUUACACAUACGCUGAUGCGAAAAUAAAUGGUAUUAAAUUUUUUUGGGUAGACAAAAAAGAAAUUAAAGAUCUGCUAGGAAUACUUGAAAAAGAUUUAGAUUUAUUUGGAUACAAUUUUAAUAAAAAUGAAAGUGAAGACACCAAUGAUGAUUAUGAGCCGGGUCGAUUUGGAGCUUUGGUCUAUAAUAAGAAAUGGUAUUUAGGAAACAUUAUAGAAAGAGAUGAUAAAAAUGAUGAUUUAAAAGUCCAAACUAUAUUUGGCAAUCGGCCCGUUAAAUUGUUGAGGAUUCGUAAUCCGUGGGGAGAGGAAGAGUGGAAUGGUGACUGGAGUGAUAAUUCCUCGAGGUGGUCAUCGGUCAGUGAGGAUGUGAAGAUUCAGCUGCAGAUGUUGAAAAGAGACAAUGGAGAGUUUUGGCCUUCUUUAUGGUAUGCGAAGUUAGUCAUUCACAUGGAACAGAGUGCCUAUAAAGCCAGAUCUGCUUUAUAUGAGCCCACAUAUGCAAUGUAUAUGCUUUAUUAUAACAAAGAUAGGAAAAAGACGGGAUGGGAAGUGAUAAGUUUCCAUUCUGAGUGGAUCAAGGGCUACAAUGCUUUCGGAUCCAGUGUAUUCACUUACAGGAGAGACCAAUUCUUCAAAAAUCCCCAGUUCCGGAUCGCACUGAACCCAGCAGCAGCAACGUCCUCCUCAUCCGACAAGUGUCACAUGAUCGUUUCCCUCAUGCAGAUGACCAAAUCCUGGAACGAACAGAACUUCAUCUCAUUCGACAUUUACAAGCUGAGGCCGGGAGUGAACUUCCAGGCAGACGACCACAUCCACAACUUCACGAAAGAUGAAAUGCAGUACGUCACCCACAACGAAUCCUACGUAAACUUGAGGGAGGUGACGGCCAGGUACGUCCUACCCCCUGGCCAGUACGUCAUCAUUCCUCACACCUACGAACAAAACAAGGCCGGUCAGUUCCUGCUCAGAGUUUACACGGAAGUGAAGGCUGAGGAAGAUAACGUUGACAUGCCCACAAAUGUUCUUCCGCCUAAGCCUCCUACAUCGAUAGUGGAAGACAGGAUUCACGUGCAAGCCGAUGGUAUGUUCCAGUACCAGAACAAAAACCUCAGCGAUGCAGAUGCCAAGGAGUUGAUGGCCGUUUUGGAUGCUGCCUUCAAAAAAGAUGGCUGGACUGGUUUCACAUCAAUGGAAGCAGCUCGUUGUUUGAUCUCACUUUAUGGGAAAACGAAGCCCGGUUUCGUCACACUGAACGAAUUCUACACGUUGUGGGCUGAACUUAGAUUGUGGCUUGAAAAAUUUCGCAAGUUUGACACAGACAAAUCAGGGACCAUUGACUGUAAUGAACUGGACAGAGUCUACAUUUCAAUCGGUGUGCAGGUGAGCCGGAAUGUAGUUGAUGCAGUGGUGUGCAAGUUUGGCGGGAGAUCAAAAGAUGUUACGGUCGAUGAAUUUGUUCUAUGCUCUUGCAAAAUUAAAAAUAUCUAUGUGGAUGUCAAUGGUGUUGACCUUUUGAACUGCUUGAACUUCUACCUGUCUGUCUACGAAGAUGGGGUGGGGUGCUAG